CUCGGAAGUGACGCAAGCGCCCCGCCCCCGCCGCUAGAUCCGCUGCUGCUGCCGCGGCGGGCGGACCUGCAGGAGGUGGCGGCGGCCGAGGCUGAGGGAAGAUGGCGGACGGCGUGGACCACAUAGACAUUUACGCGGAUGUGGGCGAAGAGUUCAACCAGGAAGCUGAAUAUGGUGGGCAUGAUCAGAUAGAUUUGUAUGACGAUGUCAUAUCUCCAUCUGCAAAUAAUGGAGAUGCCCCAGAAGACCGGGAUUACAUGGAUACUCUCCCACCAACUGUUGGUGAUGAUGUGGGUAAAGGAGCGGCACCAAAUGUUGUCUAUACGUAUACUGGAAAGAGAAUUGCAUUGUAUAUUGGAAAUCUAACAUGGUGGACAACAGAUGAAGACUUAACUGAAGCAGUUCAUUCUUUGGGAGUAAAUGAUAUUUUGGAGAUAAAAUUUUUUGAAAAUCGGGCAAAUGGCCAGUCAAAGGGGUUUGCCCUUGUUGGUGUUGGAUCUGAAGCAUCUUCAAAAAAGUUAAUGGAUCUGUUGCCUAAAAGAGAACUUCAUGGUCAGAAUCCUGUUGUAACUCCAUGCAAUAAACAGUUCCUGAGUCAAUUUGAAAUGCAGUCCAGGAAAACUACACAAUCAGGACAAAUGUCUGGGGAAGGUAAAGCUGGUCCUCCAGGAGGGAGUUCCCGUGCAGCAUUUCCACAAGGUGGUAGAGGACGGGGCCGUUUUCCAGGGGCUGUUCCUGGUGGGGACAGAUUUCCUGGGCCAGCAGGACCAGGAGGGCCACCUCCACCUUUUCCAGGAAAUUUGAUCAAGCAUCUUGUUAAAGGAACUCGGCCUUUGUUCCUGGAAACUAGGAUUCCAUGGCAUAUGGGGCACAGCAUAGAGGAAAUACCCAUUUUUGGCCUAAAAGCUGGACAGACUCCACCACGUCCACCCCUAGGUCCUCCAGGCCCACCUGGUCCACCAGGUCCUCCACCUCCUGGUCAGGUUCUGCCUCCUCCUCUAGCUGGGCCUCCUAAUCGAGGAGAUCGCCCUCCACCACCAGUUCUUUUUCCUGGACAGCCUUUUGGGCAGCCUCCAUUGGGUCCGCUUCCUCCUGGCCCUCCACCUCCAGUUCCAGGCUACGGCCCCCCUCCUGGCCCACCACCUCCACAGCAGGGACCACCUCCACCUCCAGGCCCCUUUCCACCUCGUCCACCUGGUCCACUUGGGCCACCCCUUACACUAGCUCCUCCUCCGCACCUUCCUGGACCACCUCCAGGUGCUCCACCGCCAGCUCCACAUGUGAACCCAGCUUUCUUUCCUCCGCCAACUAACAGUGGCAUGCCUACAUCAGAUAGCCGAGGUCCACCACCAACAGACCCAUAUGGCCGACCUCCACCAUAUGAUAGGGGUGACUAUGGCCCCCCUGGAAGGGAAAUGGAUACCGCAAGAACGCCAUUGAGUGAAGCUGAGUUUGAAGAAAUCAUGAAUAGAAACAGGGCAAUCUCAAGUAGUGCUAUUUCGAGAGCUGUGUCUGAUGCCAGUGCUGGUGAUUAUGGAAGUGCUAUUGAGACAUUGGUAACUGCAAUUUCUUUAAUUAAGCAAUCCAAAGUAUCUGCUGACGAUCGUUGCAAAGUUCUUAUUAGUUCUUUGCAAGAUUGCCUUCAUGGAAUUGAGUCCAAGUCUUAUGGUUCUGGAUCAAGAAGACGUGAACGAUCAAGAGAGAGGGACCAUAGUAGAUCACGAGAAAAGAGUCGGCGCCAUAAAUCCCGUAGUAGAGACCGUCAUGACGAUUAUUAUAGAGAGAGAAGCAGAGAACGAGAGAGGCACAGGGAUCGUGACCGAGACCGUGACCGAGAGCGUGACCGAGAGCGCGAGUAUCGUCAUCGUUAGAAGCUGAAGGAAGAGGAUCACCUUCCAAGACAAAACAGUCUUCAUGGGGGAAAAAUGACGCUUGUCCAGCAGUUUGCUUCUUGUGAUUGAACUGAACCUGUAAGGAUUCAUGGAUAAAAUGAACAGGAAUAGAUCUGAAUAAAGCAAAUCUGCAUAAAUGGUAACCAGUAGCUCUACUUUUAUUUUUUAUGUUGCUUAACUGUUUUAUUUGAAGGAAACCUGUGUGAUUUAAAAAGUUAUAGCUUUUGCAACUUUAUUACUGGUUAUAUACAUUUGGCCAUUAUAAUGUGCAAGCAAUUGGAAAAAAAAAAGUCAAGUAAAUGCUUGUUUUUAUAGUAGUUUGUUCUUGUUAAAAAUGUUCAUAUGAUAAUGUCUGUAAACAGCACCACUUUGAUUACAAUAGAUGUAGUGUUGUAAUAAACUGUUCAAUGGGGCUGAUGUGUAAAGCUGUUCAAGUUAUUUGAUGUUUACACCUCAGGGAAAGUCUUGUGUUCAGCAAUACCUAAAGAUAAUGUUACUAUGACAUUUUUACUGUCCUUUAAAGCAUUGCAAUAGCGUUUUUGGAUAUGCAUCAAUCUAAUCUUGUGUUCAGUGAAUUAAACACAGUAAUUAAGUGUCUUUUGCCCUUGAUUUUGAUAUUAGAAUAGGUGAUUACAUGGAUAUUUACUAUUUCUAUAUUCUGCUUUUCUAGCUGUUUUUACCUAGUUAGCUUGUGACUUUGCUGAAUGGUAUGUAAACUUGUAAAAAUUGAAAUUUGAUGGACAUAGCAAUCCAGUCAAUGUGUAAGGGGUCAAAAAAUGGAGGUUUUUAAACAUUUAAGUAAAAACCCAUACAUAUUUGAUAUGUAAUGCAGAUUAAUUACAACACAGAUGUACCGAAACACUUAAUUGUGAACCGCUAACAUUGAGGAAAUUUUGACAAUUCUGAUUUGAUGCUGCAAUUAUUUGCUGUUUUUCUAUUGAGUGUCCUUAUGGUUUAUUUUUUAAGCCAUAGGCAAUGUAAAUACAGCCCCGCAGCAGAUAAAUGUGAGUAAAGAGUGGUUUCGUUUUAUUUUCCAAUUGGUACACAUUUUUGAAGAAUGUGAUGUUCAUUAACAUUAGGUUGUAUUCUCCAGUAUUUGUAAUGGGAAAUGACAGGUAUACUGUGUCUGCACAGUUUAAGGAAUUUUGUGUAUAUUCCUGCAACCUAUUGAUUCAUACUAUAUAGUUACUUAGUUAAUCAAAGAUUUUUUUUCAAACCUGCCUUACAUAAUAGGCCCUCUUUAAAAGCACCUGGCUAGUAUGUGUUCUUGGUUGCAAAAUUGGCGGAGGCGGGGUGUCAACUUGAUUAAGUGUUUUUAUGGGAAUGUAAUUUGAAAUCACUACUUCAGAAAUUUGAGUUAAAAUUCUUGAGCAAGUUAAUAUUUUAAGAUCUGAUUAUCUUUGAGAGAUCUUUUGUUAAUAGACAUUCGUUGUUAAAGUAUACCCAAAUUCUAGGACAAUGCUUAAAGUAUUAAAAUAUCCUAGAUACUGUGUUAUGUGCAACUGUAGAAACCCUCCAGAAAUUUCCACAGCUGUUCUUCAGUUUUGUCUUGUCUGCUAUCAAACCACUUCCAACAAAAUUAGCUGUUUUGAAUUACCCAUAUCACUGCCAGUUUUAUUUUAAAAUAUUUUGUGUUUGAAAUAUCUGUGCAUGGGAUCAUUGAUGUUUAUCAGAACUGUUUGCUUUCAGAAAUGAUUUUUUAAGCGUUUUGUUGAAAAUGCAGUUGCUUUUUUGACAUUAUUUUAGAUUUGUAUCAAAAUUUUCAUGUUUUCUGUAUAUAGUUAGUUUUUGUCAUUUCUUGGCUUCUUAAUAUUUUAACUACAAUGCUCUAAUGUGAAGAAGUAUGGACAUAUAAUUAUUACAAGAGAAAUUAGUUAAUAGCUUAAAAGGUAAGUAAAAUGUCCAUGAGAAUAAACUUUUCUUUGAACAGUUUAAAAAUGGAAUCAGAAAAAUCUAACUGUACUUGAAAUGAAACUGGAAAUUUUAUACUAAUGAAAUCCUUUAUUUACCUUUUCAUUUUUUAUCAGUGCAACCUUUUAAUUGUUCCUUCUAUAUCACUCUUCUCCCUGCUUGGCUGAUCUCAUUACAUGACUUUUGUUGCAGACAAUGUGAGUGUACUAGAUUUGUUUGCUGCUUAUCCAUGAUGUUUAAGUGUUGUCAGAAGGAAGUAACUUCUUGGUUUGACCAAGUAAUUUUGCAAAGUCCUUCUCUACCUGAUAACACAUGAAUGUAUAGCAGUAAAGGUGAAAAUUGCAAGCCUUGUUUUGUUCUUCAUACCCACUUCAGUUGUUUAUGGGCUGAUGUUAUUUAAAAACUCUUCCUUUUUUUUUUUUUUUUUUUUUUAAU